AUGGAGGAACUAUGUACUGUGCCUGUGCACAAUAAUAAUGUGGUAAAUUGUGUCUGUAUUGUGUGCUCUUUAUUGAAAAAAGGAUUUUCAAGUAGAAAUUUUGAAGAGAAAACGGACAUUAUUAAUUCUAAUAGACUAAAGGAUCCUAUCAAUUUAGAGACGAAAGUGGAAAAAUCAGCAAAGAAAUUUACCAGGCAUUUUCACAAAGUGGGUCAUAAUGAAGCAAGUGGAUCGGCCAAUCGAGGAAAUUACAUAGGCCUUCUAAGUUUUUUAGCAAAAUACGAUGAUACCCUAAAAAAUCAUUUAAUUGAUUCGACGACUUUCCGAGGUACCUCAAACAGAAUCCAAAAUGAUUUAAUUAAAUGCACUGCCGACGUUGUGAUGGAUCACAUUAAAAGUGAAAUUAAAAAAGCACCUUUCUUAUCAAUUGCGCUUGAUGAAACCACAGAUGUAGCAAACUUAAGUCAAUUAUCGAUUGUUGUGCGAUAUGUAUUGGAUCGCAUUCCUCAAGAGCAAUUCUUAGGAUUUUUGGACGUCACUAGCGAACGAACUGCUAAUGCAUUGUUUAAAAAUGUUUGUGACAUUAUUUCAAGUUUAGAAUGUGGUUCUAACCUUGUUGCCCAGAGCUACGAUGGUGCUGCCGUAAUAGCUGGCCAUUUAGGAAGCCUUCAAGCCAAAGUGAAAAAAAAGUUUAAACAAGCAAUUUUCGUUCACUUGGUUUGGCUUCCUUCUUUUCAAAGUCAUCGAAAAGAACUCGCGCUUUGGACGUUCACGUUUCCAAAAGUUACUCCGACGCGAUGGAACUACAAUGGACGUUUAGUGCAAAUAGUGUUUCAAUACUGUGAUUCUUUGAUAAACUUUUUUCAAGACGUUUGGGAUAAUAAAGAAACUUGGGAUGCUAAAACUGUUACUGCUGCUAAAGGGUAUUUGCAUUGGCUCAAACAAAACUUUGAUUUCAAUUUUUUGCUCAACAUUUUUGCAGAGAUUUUCCCUUUUACUGACAUUUUAUUCGACAUUUUACAGACAAAGUCAAAUGACAUAGGCUUUUGCAUUAAACAAAUUGAUGAUUUUAAAAAUAAUAUGAAUAAAAAACGAGAUCAGUUUGAACACUUUUGGAAUAAGACUCAAAACAUUGGCUUGGAACAAAGAAAGAAAAUUAGAAUUGAUAAUGUCGGCGACAGAGAAACCUCCUAUCGUCGAUUAUACGCCGAAAUUUUUGAUAAUAUUCUACAAUAA